UGUCCAGGCAGUACACUGUCCAAGGAGAGGGAAGCAAGAGAAGGGCAAAAAAGACAUUAUUUUUUCUCCUGUAUGUUCUUUGAAGAGCAAGGCAAUAGCACCUUUAGACGAGAUGUGCUCUUGCAUUAAUUUAAGAGACAAAGAAACCAUGCCACCAGCAGCAUCGGAGUUAAAAACCGAAAGCACCAAGCAAUGAGAAUUCAGUCCAGGGAAUCUGAGGGAAAGAAAAAAUAAACUGGCAAGGAGAGAUCAGGUAGCAAAUAACUCAUGCGAAAAAGGACGCAGAAAAUUGAGUGUUUAUGUCAUUUUCGCAGCAGCGUCACCAUAUGAAAAUUCUGUUCUGAAAUUUCCGUCAGGAAGUGACGAGCACUACGAUUAAGACCCACACAACACCUCCAGUGCUGCAACUUCUCAGUUACCUCCCUGGGAAACAAACGUCUCCCCGUUCCACAGUGAGAUCUGCAUCAAGAGAGAAAAAAACCUACCUAAGCAACAUCCUGAUGGGAAUAACCGUUCAAAACAUCACCGGAAGCACGGCAAUGGUAAUUUGGCCCAAAAUGGCCAGUUGUGUCGACACCUUUUACAGCGUCAUGUACCACCCUAACUGGAACAGCAUGCUAUCCAGCUACUCGAGAAAGAGCUUUCAGAAGGAAGAGAGGGUGCCCACCACUCGCUCCUCCUUUGUUGUUGAAAACCUGGCUCCUCUGACGACGUACAUCGUGUGCGUGACCUGCCAGUCCGCCAACCCCUCCAGUGACCAGUGCAGAGUCUUCAACACGCUGGAACAAGACCCGGCAUCCGCCAGCAACACCAAGAAAGACCUUGCCCUGGGCAUCUGGCUCACCAGCAGCGUCCUGCUCCUCAUCAUCGCCGCCAUCCUCCUCUAUGGCUGCCUGCACCUCCUGUGCCGCAGGAGACGCGAGCGUUUGCAAGGGCGAAACGGGACCUCCGAACAAGACCAUGGGAUGGCGUGGACCAAAAGCAUGGCGUGCACCUCAGAGGAGCUCGGCAGGCAGAGCCAACUGAUGCAGGACGCCGAGGAAAAGCAUCCAGGUGGCAUCCAGCUGGCCACAAUCAUAGAGAAUCCCUCAGCAUGCAAGGAGCCUGUCAUGACAACUUCCAAAAGUCGGGAACGAGUGCCAACGACAGGACAGUGUUCUGCUCUAAACUAGAAACCUUUUGUCAGGGAGGACUUUUUUACUCCAUAUGACAUCCCAACUGCUCCAACUGCAUUGCAUGCGCUGUUGGAGCUCACCACAGCGCUCCUGGCUGUACCUCCAGUGUCACAUCCCUUUCCAACAGCCCAUACACAGCCAGAGGUACUCAGAGGCAAAGGUUCACAUUCCUAGAUGAUAACUUCAACCACACUCCGUUACUUAAAAAUGAAGCAUGUAGCAAAUAAUCCAGUCACAUUUUGAGGGGAUUUUUUUUGGUUACUUUUCUCUAGCCUAAUACAGCAAACAAAUAUAAAAAUGCAUAAAAAGUGAGCAAGACACUUUUUUUUUUACUAGCGUAAAUCAAAACUGAGUAGAAAUUUUCAGAGGCAACCCAAACCGCUGCACUACAGGCAACUGGAACUUACACCCCGAGUGCAGAGGUUUCCCAGUGUGAGUUUUGCCCCCAAAAUCCCAACCGCUUCUUCAAAUCACACACUGCAAACUCCUACACUCAGACUACACACUUUGCCGACCACGGCGCUCACCAAAGCUCCCAUCCAAAUUUUAAUGGUAUCCUUUCACCCAACUUUGAAAUUCAGUCUAAAAACACAUGCAAGACAGCAACUCUGUAAGGAUACUUAUAACAAAACUAAGAAAAUAUCCUGGGUUAUCGUACUUUGCACUCUCCUCGACCCACCACCUUCUGCUUCCACCACAAGCCAUCGGGCGAGUGAUUCCCUGUAGAGGAAACGGGAUUUCAGAGAAGCAACUCCUGGCCCUUCCUUCUCUUUUUCCCUUUCAGUUUUAAUAAUAAAACUCAUCCACCAGCUGCAAAUUUCUAUCCAACUGCAGAGUGUGUUUUGUGUAAUGAAGGGGGCAAGGAAUUAAAAACAGGUCAAAACACAUUUUAUUUUUGUGACGAUCAAAUCUGCCAAUCAUCUCACUCUGCCUUGAGCUUCAUGGCAAAGUCCCAAGAAAGGCCCUUUGGACAGAAAUCUGUUCACCCUCACAACACAAUGCAUCUCAUCUGGCUUCCAUGUAUAAGUCACCCUGUUUUAAAUCUCUGAAGUGCAUUUCUGUUCCAUAAAAACACAAUAAAUGUUAGUAACUCUGUACGGUAUGGUAUGUCCGAAAAAACAAUGAUACACUGUGACUGCAGGUAUUUUAA